GAUAAUACGCCCGAUGUUUAUUUAUGUUUAUCACAUGAUCGAUCGAUUGAUGACAUUUUUUUAAACUCUGUAAUACAAAGUAACUAUGUCUGCACCAAGUUACGCGAAAUCGUACAUUCUGUUAUUCGUACGCGUACUUUACCGCUUUUCAUUCCGUAGUAGCGUACGUAAAACGUAGUGAAACUGAAGAAGCAUGAAUGCGAUUAACAUGAAUUGGUUAUCUUCGACAGAAGGAGAAUCUUUGGUCCAUCAUUUCUAUGUGAAUUCUUCUAAAAAGAGAAGAUUUUAUGGCAUUCUAGAGAGACCGUCGUUGCCUUCCUCUAUCGAGGAGGUCACUUACAAGAUCUUCAUGGUAGGUAGAUCUGGCGUGGGAAAGAGUUCAGUGGUAGCGAGACUCGCAGGAAUCCUCAACUCCAACAAUUAUACAGAAACCAACGGGAUAAGAAAAACAAACGUUUACUGGCCUGUAAAAAUCUGGGAUAAAGUCGUUCUCUUUAAACUACAAUUUUGGGACACCUCGGAAAGCAGUAUAAAAAAAUACAGCCACAUUUUGCCAAUAUGUAAAGAUAAAGUUGAUGCAAUAUGUUGUGUAUUCUCUUGCGACGAUGUAUCAAGCUUUAAUGACGUUCCACACUUGAUGAAUACAAUGACCAGUGUAAAAGGAAAACCAGCAAACGUGGUGAUAGGCACAAAAUUCAAACCUUGGUCGAAUGCCACAAUAGAUGAAGUGCAGAUUAAAGAAUUUGAGGAAAAAUGGAAAGUUAAGGUGAUCAAGAUUGAUGCCAGCAAGUUGUCAGUUAGAUCCGAGAUAUUUGAUUGCUCAUACCAAUUAAAUGCUAUUUGUAACAUCCUAUGGAAUAGAGAUAAAGAAUUUAUAUCAAAACUGAUGGGACAAGUUUGACAACUAUAAAUGUAUUUUUCUAUUUUUAUUAAAAAAAAAUAAAAAUACAAAAUA